AGUUCCUAUAUAUAUAAGCCAAGUAUGUAUUUACCUGUUAUAGAACAACAUUAUCGCACCGGCCUCGACAUGGUCACGAAGUUUUUGUGGAUUCUGUCGGUGGCACUAUCGGCUUCCCCUAGGUCAGCUCUCGCAGCGCCGGUCUUUAGCCAGGCCAUCAAUGUCGGGGACAUCACUGACCACAGGAUUACGGAGGCCUCGGGGCUGGCCGCCAGUAGGAUCCACCCAAGCGUCCUCUACACCCACAACGACAAGGGGGACUCCUCCCGGAUCUUCGCCAUGGACGCCGACUCCGGGGGAUUCCUGGCGGAACUCAACAUUAACCACGCCCGGAACUAUGACUGGGAGGACAUCGCGGUAGGGGGGUGCCCCGGCGCACCCACCAAGUCCUGUAUCUACAUAGGGGACACGGGAGAUCACUCUGGUGACGGCAGCGUUAAGAUCAUCUAUGUUGUUGAGGAGCCAGCGUUGCUGAGGUCAGGAGAUCUAGACCCGGUCGUCACGCUUCAUUACACCUGGACUGUUUUAGACUGUGAAACUUUAAUGGUUGACCCUACAGGUAACGUAGUCCUGAUCAGUAAGGUUCACGGAGGUAUUGGUCAAGUAGCCAAAAUUCCUGCGUCAGCCUUUACGACGGGAGGAACCUACCAAAUCUCCAGUUCCACUACCCUACGUAUUCCUCCCACAACCCACAAUGACCCCGUGGGAGGCGACAUCUCCCCCAACGGCCAGGAAGUUUUACUUAGAACCCACAAUUCACUGUACUACUGGAGAGUUGAUAGUAUGGACUACCUAAGAGCUCUUAGUACUGUCGAUCCGGUGGCGGUUUCCCACGUGAAGGAACACCAAGGCGAGGCUGUUGCGUGGGACGCCCUCGGGAACGGUUAUUUUACAUGCAGCGAGGGGCAUAAUCAACCUCUGUAUUACUUCCGGCGAAGCGCGUUUUGAAAUGAAAUAAAUAUAAAAGAAAAUAUU